UUUUAAUUUCUUGUUUAGUUCUUUUAAGUAGGUUAAAAAAAAAAUCAUUAGAAUUCGAUGUAUUACCACAAUUCGUUGAUAUAUGCACAUAUAUGCUUUAUGGUGUGUAAUUAUUGUCACCGUAUUUAAUUAUGUAAAGUUAUGUUAUUUCUAUUAUUUACAUUGAGACAGAUGUUUAACCUGAAACAAUAUAAAUAAAUAAUUCCUGAAAGUCAUGAUGAUUCCAGAAAUGAGAGACGAAAUGAAUUUGCACAUUACAUAAAAUUAUCCUAUCAUUAGCAAAGACACCACAGUAAAACAAAAUAAUUAUUAUAUUAAUUACUCUCCCUCUUUAAUCUAAAACCUUCAAACAAACAUUUCAAAGAUUAUAUAUGUUCGGAUACGCUCCCAUCAGCUGAUUUUCGUAAACAAGAUGGAGGGAGCUUUUAAACCCAGACACGGUCGUCGGGACCAAGAAAAUGUCAAAAUAAGCGUCAAUCUCGAUAGAACUUUGACAUCUUCAACAUGCUGCAGAGUCGUAGAAGAUAUGUUGAAGUACUUGUUGUAUCAGCGGCAUCAAAUUCCUGUUCAGUAUGACAUACUCCUGCGAGAAGCGUCGAUGGUAGAGAAAGAAUGCAAUGAGACUGAAGGAUUAAAUUCGAACGAGGUGGAAUGUUCAAAUCAUAAGAAAGCAACCACGAUUCAAUCAGCAUAUGAAGAAGACACCUACAAGGUGUAUCAGUCGAAACAGGAAAGGACGAAGCUGAAACAGAAAAGAAAAAGGCUGCGGUGGUUAGAAAAGGUGAAGAAACUUAUAUAUGACUAUAAUGUGAUCAUACAGAAAAUACGGAAUGAAAUAGAAAAAGGAGAUGUUGCUGCUGUCAGCUUUAUCAUAGGAAGUUCUGUAGUAACAAGUAAAGAAUUUUUUUCCAUUAACUUCCCACAUGAUUAUGCAGUAGCUGGUUCUGAUGCCGGAAAUGAUCGACAUGUUCUCCUGCAAUUCUUCAGAGCUUUUGUUACCAAUGAGGAUUUAGUCAGAGUGGUAAGUCGCCCUUGUAGUAUCCAGAAGCUUUGGGUGAUGCUGCAGAAGUUAGAGACACCAACUGUUACAUCCUUAACUAAUGUUUUUAGUAUAGAAGAGGGACCUCAGACCCAUUCUGAAGUUUGUGAUUUUAUUCCUCGCUGUAACUUCUCUCUAAGCCAGCGUACCCGCAUAGUCAAAAUAGCUGUAACUCACAAAUCUCCUCUAGGAUCUCCCAUGGAGCUGACCCCAAGUAUAGGAAAACUGGUCUCUCAGUGUGCUUUCAAAUCCAGUAGAAAAAAUUCAAGCAAAAGAUCUCUGGUUUUCGGCAUCAACAAUGUAUCUAAGCGUUAUUCUUUCUCAAAUGAUGUGGCCAACCACAGCCAUUUGCAAGAGUUGGGAGUCACACCAGUUUCUGUUGAGAAAAGAGUUCCAACUAAAAGUUUCCCUCCAGUUAACAACUUCAGUGAUAGUGUAGAUAUGGAUGACUCCAUGUCAGUUUGUAGCAGACCUGGACCACCAGGACUAGAGACACCAAGGAAUAUUCUUAAAGGACCAGAACCCAUAAUAGAAACUCCCACAGUAUCCUCCCACAUCACAAGUGUUCAUUCUACAGCUACUGCUUCACCAAGUAGACUGCUAGCUUCCUGUAUGAGUAACUUUAACAUUUCUGAUGCCUGGAAUGACAAGUCUCCAUCAGAAGAACAGGCUGUUAUGUGGUACCAAGUUGAUCAUUCCAUCAAGGGUUUUAAAGAUAUAUGUUUUAGAUAGUUACAAGUAGGUAUGAUUCUGUUAUUUUGGAGGGUUAGAAAAUUAAAAGACAUAUUAUGAAGAGGCUAUGCUUGCCACUUUUCAUAAUUACUUUGCAUGUCUUCAGUAGACAAUGACCAAAGUCAUAUUGAAGUAUAUCCAUUUGGAUAUUUUAAUUGUAAAAUUGUAGAAUUUAAAUAUUAAAUUCUCAACAUUAAGAAUUUUUAGUUACUUGUGCAAUAUUUGCAUAGAAUACAUAAAUAAAAGUUGUUUUGACA